AUGGCCGACUCGCAAGUUACUCUGCGCACGCGCAAGUUCAUCCGCAACCCUCUCCUUGGCCGCAAGCAGAUGGUUGUGGAUGUCCUCCACCCCAACCGUCCCAACGUCUCCAAGGAUGAGCUCCGCGAGAAGCUUGCCCAGCUCUACAAGGCCAGCAAGGACCAGGUCAACUGCUUCGGCUUCAGGACCCAGUACGGUGGUGGCAAGAGCACCGGCUUCGCUCUCAUCUACGACUCCAACGAGGCCAUGAAGAAGUUCGAGCCUCACUACAGGCUGGUCCGUGUCGGCAUGGCCAACAAGAUCGAGAAGGCCAGCAGGCAGCAGCGCAAGCAGCGCAAGAACAGGUCCAAGGAGUUCCGGGGUACGGCCAAGACCAAGGGCGGCAAGAAGGACAAGAAAUAA